AUGCUGGUCUCGGAGCGGUCGCACCAGACCUCGUACAGCCUCGAGCGCGACGGGUCGCUCAAUAAACAGUCCCUCCUGACCGAGAAAACCUUCCUCCAGAGCCUCCCAGAGGGCGAGCGCCAGGUCCUCCUCCGCGGCGCCAAGGUCUUCUUUAACCGAGCGGCGAAAGGCAAAAAGCCGGGGUCUGCCCCCUCCGAGGCGUCCUCCCUAGAGCGGGAGCUGUGGAAGAAAGACGCGCUGCAGGACAUCCUCCAGACCAAUGACGCGUACGAGCUGGGCGAGGACGCGCCGCCGGACAGCCGCGGGUCCCGUUCGGAGCCGUCCGAGCCCCCGGCGCGCGGCCUCUCGGGGUUCUCGGAGCAGGCCGCCGCAGCGCUAGCGCGCGCGCCGCACGGCAGCGGCGCGUGGGCCCUCGACACGCGCGACGGCGAGGUGGCGCGCGCCGCCGUCGCGCACAACACCGCGACGGAGCGCGACAUGUUGUACGAGGUGGCGCGGCUGCGCGUGCAGCAGGCGGCGCUGCGGUCGGAGAACAACGCGCUGCGAACGCACACGCGGCGGCUCGUGCAGCAGGUGUGCGAUGCCAAACAGAGCGUAUCCGAUCUUGCCAUCGAGGCGAGGAACGCGCAGCUGGAGCACGCGACGUCGGCCGCGGAGCAGAUCGCGUACCUGGAGGACCAGGUCGAGCGGCACAAGCAGGCGCUCGCGGAGCUCGCGGGGGCCUCCGAGGCGCUGGCGCGCGACAACAGCGUGCUGGCGACGGAAGUGACGGCCCUGCGCGACGGCAAGGCGCGCGCGGAGGGGCUCUCGCAGCAGCUCGAGGAGCGCAUGCGGUCCCUGCAGGCGCUGUACCUCGAGGGCGUCCAGCAGCCCAGCAAGGUCAUCUCCGCCCACGAGGCGCGGCGCGAGCGGCUGCUGGACGAGGUGGCCACGAGCGACGUGCUCGCGCUCACGCGGCCGCCCGCGGACUUCCCCGUGCCCGCGGCGCCCCCGAAGGGCGACAGCACGAUGCUGCUCAAGGAGAACGCGGAGCUGCGGAAGCGGCUCGGGCGGGCGCAGGACCAGGUCCGGGAGGCGGAGCGCGAGCGCCAGCGGCUGGCGGCGGCGCACGGGGAGCUGUCGCGGGCGCACGUGGCCCUGAAGAAGCAGCACGCGGACUUUGAGGCGCGCACGCAGUCGCGGCUGGUCGGGGCGGUGCGGCGGCUGGAGUGGCUCGCGGGGGAGGACAAGCGGAAGAAGGAGACGCUUGCGGAGCGCGACAAGUACAUCACGAAGCUCGAGAUGCAGCUGGUGCAGGAGCACCGCGCCACGCAGGCGCUGUCGCGGCGGGUCGCGCAGCUGGAACGCGCGCAGCAGAUGGGCAAGAGCACGCUCGGGUCCGCGCGGAAGGACGACGACGAGGGGUCGUGGGCCGCGGGCCUCCCGCAGGGCGUUCGCAGCGCGCUGGAGAUGUCGCGCACGCACGCGCGCGACGGCGAGCCGGCUGCGCCGGGCGCGUGGAACAGCGUCGAGCUCGAGGACGACCUCAGCGAGGGCGACGUCGAGAACCGCAACGACGCCGCGUCCAGCCGCCUCGAGGCCACUAUGCUGAUGGGCCGUCCCAUCGAGGCGCGCGCCGUCGUCGAGGCCGUGCCGCCGCGCCCGCCGCUGCCCGCGGCCCCGGCGCGCAGCGCCGACAGCCAGGGAUCGCAGGCCGGCGAGGCACGGGCCGGGGGCGGCCCGGUGGACGCGAUGCCGUCGCCGUCCGUCAUCUCCCCGGGUCUCACCCCAGUACCGCGUCAGGCCGCCGCGCCGGCUAGCGUGCCGUCGAUGCCGCAGUCUCAAGGCGUGGAGGGGGCGCAGCGGGCGGGCGGCGCGGGUCCGGCGGACAUGGAGGGCCCUGCGGAGUCGAGCGCGUGGGCCGAGGAGCGCGUGGGGGACCUGGAACGGAAGCUCGACUUUUUGAUGCGCGCUGCGCAGUGGAGCUCGUCAAACAGCCCCGCGAGCGACGCAGUGGCGCCCGACGAGCUCCGCGAGCACGAGAUGCGGAUGGACGAGCUGCGGCGGACGCAGGAGGAGGCGCAGCGCGCCAUGCGGUCCUGA